CGCGCACAAAUCAGUUGGCGGAGUGAAAGACAACUGCGGUUACUUUCCCUUUAGACACGAACCCCAAAUGGGAAAAAUUGGCCGGCGAAGCAAAUAUGUGGAUGAGUAUGCCGAAGCGUCACAAGCAGCUAGCCUUGCGCGAUUGCGGACAUUAGUACGCGGCGGUGUAGCUUUCGAUAAGGAAGAAGAACUGAGGUCAGCCGCGUGGACAGGUCACCUAGCAGUGGUGCGGUAUCUUACUGAUGAGUGUGGCAGUGAUGUGAACGCGGCCAACGACGCUGGAGAGACCGCACUGAUGAAGGCUGCCUCAAACGGUAUGAUAGAAGUCAUUCGAUUUCUAGUUAACGAAUGCUCUGCUGAUGUGAACGCGACGAACCGAGAGGGAGAUACAGCGCUUAUGAAGGCCGUUUAUAGUGGCAAGAUUGACGUCGUCCGGUAUCUCGCUGAGGAAUGCGGUGUGGACGUGAAUGCUACAAGUGACGAUGGAGAAACCGCAGUGAUGAAAGCUGCUGAAUUCGACAGAUUUGAUAUUCUUCGGUAUCUCACUGCGGACUGCGGCGCAGACGUCAAUAUUGCAAGCAAGAAUGGCGUAACAGUACUCAUUCAAACCUCAGGUUAUGGUAGAAUUCACGUCGUCCGGUAUCUAGCAGAAAUUUGCGGCGCAGAUGUUAACGCUCAGGACAAAAACGGAGAAACAGCGGUGAUCAAAGCAGCAGCAUUUGGCCAAAUUAACGUCGUCAGAUAUCUCGCUGAAAAAUGCAACGUCGACGUUAAUGCAGGAGGAUUUUGCGGAUACACAGCACUGAUGCUUGCCGCAAACAACGGGGAAAUGGAAGUCGUCUGGUAUCUCGCUGAACAAUGCGACGCAGACGUGAACGUUGGGAGCGAUCAUGGCGCCACGGCACUAUUGAUGGCCGCUGAAAUGGGGAAGAAAAAUGUAGUCCGGUAUCUUGUUGAACGACGUGGCGCGGAUGUGAAUGCCAAGACCAACGACGGGUACACCGCAGUAACGAAAGCCUCUGAGAACGGACAAACCGAGAUUGUUAGAUAUCUAGUCAUAGAACGCGGCGCAGAUGUUCAUAUUAAGACCAAGAACGGGGAUACUGCACUUCGCGUGGCGGUUGAUCGUGGAUUCCAAGACAUUCAGCAAAUACUCAUGCCUUAUCUCCAACCGCCUCCCCAAGUCAUAGCAAAUGAUUCUUCGGAUGAUACCGUUAUUGACAGCCGAUCCGGUCUUCCAAUUAUUUCUCCUUCUGAGAUCGCGUUGAUCUUCUUCAGCCAAAAUGGUAAUACUGGAGGUGAUUUCCGUGCUAAGUGGCUAGAUGCCGAUGUAUCUGUCAAACUAUUUGUGCCUACUUCGUCUCGCUCUGCGUUCGAGAGUGAAGUUCGCCUAUGGCAGCAGUUGCGCCAUCCAAACGUGAUCAAGAUGUACGGUGCGUGCACUGCGGGUCCGAAUCUGCAGUUCUUCGUGUGCGAGUACGCCAGCCAGGGAUCGCUCAGUGAAUUGACAGAGCCCGACCGGUUUACGGAGACGGUGAUGUGGAAAUGGCUGCAUGAGGCAGCGCUAGGGCUCGAGUAUCUUCAUGAGCGGGGCCUUAUUCACGGAGAUCUUCGCUGUAGUAACAUUUUGAUAGGCAGCGAUGGGAUGGCGAAGCUGUCGAACUUUGGCCUGAGCAGUUCAAUGAACGGAGUGUCACCGCGUACUGCUGCGGCACAACGGUGGCAAGCCCCAGAGGUAUUAAAAGGAGAGACACCGUCACAUCAAUCGGAUGUGUAUUCUCUGGGAAUGUGUAUUCUUGAAGCUGCAACUGGGGAGAGGCCAUGGAGCAUGAAAGAUGAAGGAAUUGUCAGGUUUUCGAAAUUUAGGUGGAUACCGGAGGAAAUUAACAAUUGUUACGGGCCUUAUUGCUCUCUGGAGGAUAGUCGCAGCUUAGUAUGGCGCAUGUGCUGCCAAGACCCUCACAACCGUCUUAACCUUUCAUCUGUCCGCUAUGAACUUGAGCAGUUAUCGAUUAAAGAGAGUUGCGAUCUAGCCCAACCUGAACACGAACCCUCAAGCUCAUUUGAUACGUACGAUAGUGGAAGCCUGAACGAACUAUGGCACAAGUUGUUAUCACACAUGGAUAAAUGCGGCGAUAUCCAGCAUCACGGAAUGUUGGACAACCUGAAAAAAAUAUGCGAACUUCUGCAAAAUUCAACGCACUCGUCAGUGUUAUUCGAACGAUUUCAUACACUUCUUACCGAUUUUUAUAAGAUGAUCAGGAUGUCGCCCGAACAGGCCCGAAUCAUGCGACUCUCUUCGACACGUUUAACCAACAACAGUCUGUACGCUUUCGAAUGGCGCGUCAACUCACUCAUGGCAGCUUUGGGAGAGGCAAACGCAGGGAAGAAGAGAGAAGAGCUAUGGCAGAAACAGCGGUGUGAACAGGUCGAGGGGUUUGUUUCUGGUCUGUUUGACAUUUUUCUUGUGCUAAGAGAUUUGAAGUCAUCGGAAGAAAGGUCACUAUUUCUAACGAAUUUGAAGACAGAACUAGAGGAUCCGCAGGGCAAUUAUACAGAUGAACAGCGUGAGGUGUUGAAGAAGACAUACGAGCAAGUUACCAACAAGCUGGAGUGCGAAGGGGGUUCUUCUCUGGUCCCGAAAUGGUUCAUUCCUUGGUACGAAUUACUUGUUGACGAGUGGAGCAAGUUGGGCGAAGGUGGGUUUGGGAGUGUGUUCCGAGCCAAGUGGCUGGACUCCGAGGUGGUGGUGAAGCGUGUGAUUUUAGCUGGCUCGGAUACCAAGAACGACAUGUCCAUACCGGUAUCCGAUCUUUCCUUGUCAACGUUAUCAACCUCGACAGACCCUACAGUAUCUGAGGCCGAAACCAACGCAAUCAAGAGAGCAGAGACACUAAAGAUGUUCCAGCGAGAAGUUGUCAUGUGGUUUGGACUUAGCCACCCCCAUGUGAUUCUGCUUUUCGGUGCCUGUCAUGUCGGCAGACCUUUCUUUAUUUGCGAAUACGCCACCAACGGGACGUUAAUCAGCUACUUGCAACGGAAUCCUGAUGAACUGUGGACGAAGUUACACGAGGCAGCGUUAGGCGUUCAAUAUCUCCACGCUCGUGUGAUUGUCCAUGGUGACUUGAAAGGAAACAACAUCGUGAUCGGUAGUGACAUGAAAGCAAAAGUUACGGAUUUUGGUCUGAGUUCUGUGGCGAGCAGUAGAGCCCAGCCCGUGAUUUCAGCGGCGUGGCAGUGGCUCGCCCCAGAGUGUUUUUCGAGUACCAAAGCAGCUAGACCAACAUUUGCCUCUGAUGUCUAUUCGCUGGGGAUGUGCAUUGUGGAAGCAUUGCGUGUUGUGGAGGCAGUGAAGUCUGGAGAGGGGAAUCAGUCGUGCUUACCGUGGAGAAAUCUCGACAACUUCGCAGUUCGAUACCAUGCGUCAAAAGGGACGUUGCCAUCUCAGCCCAAAAUCUGCGAGGAAAGUCAGUGGAAUUUGGUCAAGCGAAUGUGCUCACUGGAGCCAACAAAUCGGAUUAAGAUUUCAACUGUUGUCGAUGAGCUUGCCAGGUUUGCGAAUAUGGACGACGACGACAACCAAGAGCAUGAUCUCACCCCGACAGAACAUACAGAGCAGAAAUCUAUCCGCACAGUUACCAUACAAGCAAAAAAGCUUCUGCGUCACCUACGAGCAGACGCGACUCAGGACACUGAUGUCCUCUUACGCUAUAUGUCACUAUGGAAACGUCUCGGAUUGGUGCAAGGACAGAUGAAGAGUCAACCUGAAGUGUGUCGUGCUGCGUUCGAUUCACUCGUUACCGACGCUGGUUCCUUCACGAUGGAACUACAAAAUGCGAAUGAAUCGCUUGUCGCAUUGGCUGAAAUGACUAUGCGGUACUAUGCAUUAGAUCGUCGGUUGGACAAACUGUGCGAAGCAUACUGCAUUGAUUGGAAACGCAAUGAUGAUGAUAUAGCGAUAAGUAGAAACUAUCGACGCACAUCGUCCAUGCCCCGUGGACGGAUAUGGCGAUGACGUAAAUUUCGUGAUAAAGAUUAAGCUGUUAAAGAUUUUAUCUCUUGCAACACGGUAGUACUGGCUUCUCCAAGGGAGGAGGGUUUACAGCGCGGUCUCGUCUUUUAUGAUUUAAAAAUAAUACUUGUUUGUAAAGUUUGGUGACCGCAAAAAGCACACAACAGCAGGGCCCUGGUCGA